GCGAAACCACAGAGAGCCCCUGCCAAGAGUCGAGCCAAGAAAAAACCCAUCUGUUUCAAUCGUAGAGUCACCCUCUUGGGUCUGUUGAAACGCAUCCCAGCCAUCAAGACCCCCAUGGCCAAGUUGUUCGGAUAAAAACGGAGCGUCUCUAGACCGUGGAUCAUUUCAAGAUCAUGGAACGACGCAAAGCGUUUCAAUUUCACACUCCGUCGAGUUUUUUGAUAGCGGGUCCUUCGGGUAGCGGUAAGACGUUUUUCACCACCAGACUACUCUUAGAGAACGUCGAUUUGUUCCAACAAACACCGAAGAGUAUUCAUUACUGCUACGGAUCGUGGCAAGAUGGUUUCCAAAAGCUGAAGAAGGGUGGGGUCAAGUUUCACGAAGGCAUCCCCGACAGCGAACAGUUACCCCGAUGGUUUCCUGGCGGGGGUGUUUUGGUCUUGGACGAUCUGAUGGACGAGGGUGGUAACGACAAGCGCGUGUUGGAUCUCUUCACCAAACACUUGCAUCAUCGGAACAUCACGGUGAUUUACUUGUGUCAGGAUCUAUUCCCUAACGGAAAAUUCGCCAAGACCAUUCCCAGAAACGCUCAUUACAUCGCGGCCUUCAAGAACCCUCGGGAUCAGUUGGGGAUACGAAAUCUAUUACUGCAAUCGUUUCCCACACAAUGGCAGGAGGUGUUGGACACGUUUCGAAAGGUCACUGAACGACCUUACGGUUACAUGCUAUUGGAUCUUCAUCCAGCCAGUCAGGACGAUCAACGAGUCCUAAGCCACGUGUUAAAAGACGAAGGAUUCGUACGAUGCCAUCAGUUCGCGACACCGUCAUGUUGAGGAGCGAAGGCGAGUGGUUCCCUACGUUCGUUCUACGUUGCAUAGCCAUGCUACGACGCAUGUAUUCCUUUCAAGAGGAUUACGAGA